AUGCAAUCCUCUGAAGAACCUGAAAAUAUUAGAAAUAUGGACAAUGAAAGAAAUUUAUCAGAGGCACAAAAUUUGGUAGAUGAAUAUACAGUUUUGCUACCCACUGCAACCAAAAGUCGAAUGGAACGUCAAAAUAGUGGUUAUGGUGGUACAGCUUCGUCGUUGGAUACACAUUCAGACUCUUUCUUGAAUCGAGACUACUCUAUGAGCGCUGUUGGUAAUUUAUCUUAUACAGAUGAAGCUCUAAAGAGAAAACUUAAAUAUUUUUUCAUGAAUCCAAUUGAAAAGUGGCGAGCUAAAGGGAAGUUUCCUUUUAAACUAGUGCUACAAAUAAUAAAAAUUGUGUUUGUAACGCUUUUAUUGUGUGUUUUUGGCUCUGAUGGUUACACUUAUGAGUUACAGAAACAAAACACUGCUACCAGUUUCAGGCACAUGUUUUUAGCCGACUGGACUGCAAUUCGCGAUAUUGUAUCGUAUCCCCCUUCUACUGGGCCCUAUGCCGUUUACACAAGGCAAGACUUUUACAGGAAUGUUGAUCAUAUAGUUCAGACGUAUGCAAAUAUUUCAAAAAUUGCAUUAGGUAGUUAUUGUUACGAUGGACCUGAUUGCAGCAUGACAAAUGUUUCACUUUGUCUUACUGAAUUUAGUAUGAUGCUUGCUUUUAAUUCCACCGUCUCUUUCGAUGGUCAUCCAAGAACAAAGUGUCAUGUCAUACCUAAGUUAUACCCUGAAGGGGAUGAGAAGUGGAAAUCAUUUUCUAUCGAAAAAUAUUUACAGGAACUGAAUGAUAGUAUUGCUUUUGACAGAUUGAUAACAGCAGAAUUAAGUUUUGCAUUGAAAACAAUAUUUCUGAAAUCUUUGGGAAAUAGCAAAUAUCCAGAUUGUUAUAGAUUCCGGGUAGGUGUUCAAUAUGACAAUAAAGAUCAUGAUGGACAAAUGCUUGUUAGUUUAGAUACUGGAGCUGACAAAUUGAAAUGCUACCACAAUGGAAGUCUGAAUCCUGAUAAUAAGUUGGGUUAUAUUGGCCGGCAAGUACUGAACAGUUUUAUCAUUGCAAUAUGUGUUUUAUCCUUACUUCUUUGCUGCAGAAUGUUAUAUAAGGCAAGAGUUCUUUGUAAAGAAACUGACAAGUAUUUCAAGCGCGCACAAAACAAGGGGCUUUCAGCUCAAGAAAAAAUGGAAUUUGUAGACAUGUGGUAUUGCAUUAUGAUAUUCAAUGAUACUUUGAUUAUUGCUGGUUCGAUUCUAAAAGCAGCUGUCGAAGAAAGUACCGUCGAAAGUGAUCAAUAUGCAACAUGUGCCAUUCUUCUUGGCAUGGGAAUUUUACUGGCAUAUUCUGGUUUAUUGCGUUAUUUGGGAUAUUUUAGCAAAUAUAACAUACUCAUAUUGACUUUGAAGCGGGCACUUCCGAAUGUUCUUCGUUUUACCCUUUGUUGCAUUCUUUUGUAUGCCGGUUUUUGCUUUUGUGGUUGGGUAGUCCUUGGUCCUUAUCACAUCAAGUUUCGUAACUUGAGUACUACAUCAGAAUGCUUAUUUGCGAUGAUGAACGGUGAUGAUCUUUUUGCAACGUUUGCAAUUACGAAUACCAAUAAUGAUUUAAUUUGGUGGUUUAGUAGAAUCUACUUAUAUGUUUUUAUAAGCAUGUUUAUUUAUGUUGUUAUUUCUCUUUUUAUUUCUGUGAUUAUGGACUCUUAUGAGACCGUGAAGGACUAUUAUAGGCAUGGAGGAACAUGUACCAGAAUAGAAAUUUUACUUAGUGAUUAUCCUGAUGAUUCAUGUUCAUCAUUUUACCAGCAAAGACGAAGACAACGGAAAAGUGUUUGGGAAAGAGUGUCGGUGAUGCUAGGAAAAAGAAGUAAUUCCUGAGCAUUUUCGAGUUUCUGUAAAGUUGAUGCAUUGUAAAAUUUUAUUUAACAAAAGAAAAAAGGACUUUUCUGUCUUUCACUAAAACAUUUUGUUGUAACAACUAAAGUAACCCCUCGUUAUAUCGUGCUUGUCGGAGGAUGACAAAAAAAGGCAAUAUA